GUAGGGAAGGAGGCAGGCAGGGAGGGAGGGCCGGCCAGGCGCGGACCUUGGGCAGUCCCCACCCCGAGGCUCCUAUAUAAGCGGCCGUCGCCACCCUGAAAGCAUCGCACUUCAAACGCGUAUCUCAAAACACACACAUCAACAUGUUCGCCAAAGUGGUUGUCCUCGCCUGCGUGGCUGUUGCCGCUGUCGUUGCCCAGGCCGACAAAUACCCCGCCGGAGUGAGCCCCGCUUCUUGCCCCAACUACCCCUACUGCGACAACACCGUCGUCGCCCUGCACCAGGCUCGUGGCUACUACGCCGCCCCCGUGGCCCCCGUUGCCCGCGAGUACCCUGCCGGAGUCCACCCCGCUACCUGCCCUAACUACCCCUACUGCGACAACACCGUCGUCGCUCUGCACCAGGCUCGCGGAUACUAUGCCGCCCCCGCCGCCCCCGUGGCCCGCCAGUACCCCGCUGGAGUCCACCCCGCCGCCUGCCCCAACUACCCCUACUGCCACUAAGCGAGACAACCAUGGCUCAUGUUGACCUGUUCUUGUGAUCUGACGCGGAGAUUUUGCUCCCUCAACCAUCCCCUCCCGAGGAGGGGGUGUGCGAGGGGCAUAGCUCCGCGCAAGCGCGUUUUGUGCGCAUAACACCGCAUCUCAAAUAUUUUAAAAUUUUGCCAAUAAAAUCAGUGCAAUUCUGUACAGUACAAAAUUGAAA